GCAGAUUGGCAUUACUACCAAAUCUCCCGCCCUCAGAAUCCAGGAUACCCUCACAAUUCUUGUGUACUUGCAAGCGGGGUUCUUCGAAGACAUCUCUUGCGCAAAUACGAUUGCAAGCAGUCUUCUGAGAGAAAGCGCCAAUUGAGAAUACUGCAAUACCUGGCCAUACAUCUUUACAUUUCCAUAUUCUACAAAACUCAUUCAAGCCCCAACAAUGGCUUCCUCCUCACAUUCUUCUUCCAAAUCGAAAAAAGACAAGCCCAGCAAGAAGAGAAAAGCUUCCACUCUCGACGAACCUUCCUCUACCAGCGCCGACUCUACCACUAUCACUCCCUCUAGUCCAGUCACUGCUCCAGCCUCAGAACCAACCGCUACUGAAAUUGAUAGCAAGACACAGGUGCCAGAAAGCGAACCCACAUCCCAAGAACCAGCGUCCAAGAAACGCAAAGCCGAAGUCGCAGAGAUCGAAGUCGAUGUCACAGCGCCCGAGCCCCCAUCCAAGAAAGAGCUCCGUCGUCUCAAGAAGGGCAAGCCCGUGCCAGCUUCCAAGACGGGAGCCGAAUCGGCGGAGAAAUCUGAAUCCAAGAAGAAACCAGAGGUCGAGAAGAGAUCCGAGCAUGGCAUCUGGAUCGGCAACUUACCAUGGACCGUAUCCAAGGCGGACCUGCGCAAGUUCUUCGUCGAAUACUCAGAUAUCACAGAGGAGAUGAUCACACGGGUGCACAUGCCCGGACCAGACGACAAGAAGUCAGCGAACAAGGUCGAGGAGAAGCGAGCGGGCAAGACAAUCCACAACAAGGGAUUCGCAUACGUGGAUUUUUCCACGGCAGACGCCGUCGAGAAGGCCAUCGAGCUGUCGGAGCAGCUGCUGUCGGGCCGCCGCGUCCUGAUCAAGAACCACAAGUCCUUCGAAGGCCGGCCCGAGAAGACCAAGGAGGAGAGCCGCAACGAGCAGAAGCCGCCCAGCAAGCGCGUCUUCCUGGGCAACCUCUCCUUCGACACGACCGAGGACAGCCUGAAGGAGCACUUCGCCAAGUGCGGCGCCAUCGAGAGCGUCAAGGUCGCGACGUUCGAGGACUCGGGCAAAUGCAAGGGCUACGCCUGGGUCGUGUUCGAGGAUCUGGAAGCCGCGCAAGCCGCCGUGCGCGGCUUCGUGCGUAUUGAGGAACCAGCCUCGGAGUCAGAAUCCUCGGAAGAUGAAGAUGAAGACAAACCCAAGACGGCGAAAAAAACAAAGACUCGCAAAUGGUGGCUCAACAUGAUCAAAGGCCGCAAACUGCGCGCCGAGUUCGCAGAGGACGCGCAGGUGCGCUACAGCAAGCGGUUUGGCAAGGACGCGAAGCGGCACGCGACGGCUGCAGAGACAUCAAAUACCGAUACAGAGAAAUCAGAAGUUGAGAAUGGAGAGGCGGCGCCACAGAAGCCGUUCGUCCCAGCGAAAGUCGAGUAUCGCCAGCCCUACGCGCCGAGGUUAACGGGUGGCAUUGUCGAGAGUAAGGGGAAGAAGAUUACUUUUUAGAACUUCGUCUUGUCUGUCUAGCUUUUUGGAAUGUGAGAGAGAAGAUAUUUAUCAUGAUAAUUAAUGCCCUG